GGAACUCUUAUAAGGGAGCUUUGACAAGUUGACUCAGUUUCCCUCCGGGUCCCUAACUUGGAUUCCAUCAGGAAGGGAUUUCAUCAGGAAGGGGUUUCUACGAGUGACCGUCUUUUUCUUUCCUGUAACUCUCCUUGUUAACGCUCCCCGAGAAUGGGCGACUGGAGUGCCCUGGGUCGUCUGCUGGACAAGGUCCAGGCCUACUCUACUGCUGGGGGAAAGGUGUGGUUAUCGGUGCUCUUCAUAUUCAGGAUCCUGGUUUUGGGCACUGCAGUGGAAUCAGCUUGGGGAGACGAACAGUCUGCCUUCAAAUGUAACACACAGCAGCCUGGUUGUGAGAAUGUCUGCUACGACAAAUCCUUCCCCAUCUCCCAUGUUCGAUUCUGGGUCCUCCAGAUCAUCUUUGUGUCAACGCCUACACUUCUGUACCUGGCUCAUGUUUUCUAUCUGAACAGGAAGGAACAGAAAUUCAACAGGAAAGAGGAGGAGCUUAAAGCUGUGCAAAAUGAUGGAGGUGAUGUUGACAUCCCGCUAAAAAAAAUUGAAAUGAAAAAGCUCAAGUAUGGCAUUGAGGAACAUGGAAAAGUGAAGAUGAAGGGUGCCCUGCUCAGAACCUAUAUAGUCAGCAUUUUCUUCAAGUCUAUUUUCGAGGUGGGGUUCCUGGUUAUCCAGUGGUACAUGUAUGGCUUCAGUCUAUCUGCAGUCUACACAUGUGAGAGGUCCCCAUGUCCACACCGGGUGGACUGUUUUCUGUCCCGUCCCACUGAGAAGACCGUCUUCAUCAUCUUCAUGCUAGUGGUGUCACUGGUGUCCCUGCUGCUCAAUGUCAUUGAGCUUUUCUAUGUGUUUUUUAAGAGGAUCAAAGAUCGUGUGAAGGGCAAACAGCAGCCCACACUCUACCCCAGUGGAGGUACAUUGAGUCCUACCCCUAAAGAACUGUCCACUGCCAAGUAUGCCUACUAUAAUGGCUGUUCCUCCCCAACUGCUCCACUCUCACCCAUGUCCCCCCCAGGCUACAAGCUGGCCACAGGGGAGCGCGGAACCGGCUCAUGCCGCAAUUAUAAUAAACAGGCUAAUGAGCAGAACUGGGCCAACUACUCCACAGAGCAGAACCGGCUUGGCCAGAAUGGUGGAGGAAGCACUAUUUCAAACUCCCAUGCACAAGCCUUUGACUUCCCCGAUGAUACCCAUGAGCAUAAGAAACUGUCCUCGCCAGCAGGACACGAGCUGCAGCCCCUGGCACUUAUCGACGCCAGGCCUUGUAGCAGGGCCAGCAGCCGAAUGAGCAGCCGAGCCAGGCCAGACGACCUGGACGUGUGAGCACCUCCAUCUGUGCAAGAGAAUCAGGAAACACUGCAUUACUUUGCUCAGAGAAGAGGUGGGGCUAACUUUGAUCACUGUUUUCAGCGUAGAGACUCUUAGUCAAUCAAAGGGACAUUCAAACUGUAACACUGUCAAAGGUACAAGUGUCAAAUAUUUGUUUCCAUGACAUUUACUAGAACUUUUAGUGGAUCUAACACAGCUUUAAAUGCACAGCCACAGGUCACUGACCAGUUCAAGAAGGACCACACUGGUCAAAGUCACUAAUUUGGUUUUAAUUGUCUUCUCUUCUGGUUUUCAUAGUUUCUGCUACUCUUUGUACUAGUGACUGUGUUUUACUUACCACUGUCAUAGCUGAGAUAUAUCCUGAUAGCUUUACUUUACUUUUACUGAGUUUUGCCUUUUUUAACAUUUUACAAGAUAGAAAUAGCUUUUUAGGUGACUUCUGGUUCAUUCACAGUCUCUUUUUUUCUGUUGAUAGUAAAAUAAACUCUAUACGCACGUGUCCCAAAUCCCAUAUCCAGAUCCAUCUAGAUGGAUUAAUUAUAACCCAUGGACAGGGAAGUAUAAAAAUCACAAACAAGUAAUCAUGUAGUUCAGGUAACUCUAACUAGUGAUCUCUUUAAAGGUUAAAAAAAAGUUUUUUAGGAGAUGUUAGGAUGUGAACUCUCCAGUGUUGAAGUCACUUGCUGUCUGUGCCUUUAUUAUUUCAGAAUACUACUUCCACCUUAGUUCCUGAGAGAGGACAGUCAUGACACGUAUGAAUAGAGCAUGUAAACAUAUGGUUUGUUGUUUUUCAAGUGAGAACAGUCCCUAACUUUAAUAAAAAAAAGAAAAUGAGUAAAACCAUCAGUGCAGCUGGUUGAUAAGACAUCAUCAUACCAGCAAAGUUGAAACAGGAAAAUAUAAACCAGAUCGUGUUAAAGCAGAAUUCUUCUUCAUUGACACACAACAUUCCACACUGUAUUAAGUGUAUGGUGGACUCUUAGCCACACUUGAACACUUCUCUUUCUAAUUAAUAUCACAUUCUUGUUUCUCAGGAGUUAAUGUCCAGUGCUGUCACAUAGAUAAAGAACAACAAUAUGUGAAGUAUUAACCUCUUGGCUUAUCCUGCAUGUGUCUCACAAUGAGGGUGAAAAAAAAAUUGACUACUAAAAAAGUAUCUCUUACGAUAAACAACUUACAUUAACCCCCCCAUAAACUGUAUAUUUAUUGACAGUAAAAAUAUUUGUUUUCUUUGUCAGUCAGUGUGGACUGUUGUUUCCUGAUAAACUUUGAAUUUAUGUGGUGUUAUGUUUUCAUUUUGUAGUGUGGUGUGUAUGUGUGUGUGUGUGUGUCAGAGAGGGUUCAGGCUGCUGCUACACAGCAAACUCUGAUCUGCUUUUCUGCCACUUACUUAAAGAAAGGCUUUGUUACUGGCAUUGAUUAAAGAAGUGUCUUUUCUUUUUCAUUUUUUGUGGGUGGUAGAGAAGUACAGUAAAAUUAUUCUGAUCUGUGUUUUACAUAUUUGAAUGAAUGACUGCUUACUGUUUUGUAUUUCAGAUUUGAUGUAACUGUUGCUGCUUGAGAAAUAGAUAUUUAGUACUGUAAAUCAAGCUGUGUCACAAAAAAUGUGAGUUUUUAGAAGACUAGAUCUGGACUAAUAUUUAGUCAGUCAGUUAUAUUAAAGCAUAUGCCAAUAUAGCACCACAACUACCAAACACUAUGAUAAAUUUCAAAUUGGACUUUUUUUCUUUUUGUUGUCAUUUUUUCUGAUUUUCGCAUAAUUUUGUUGGUACUCAUAUGUCAUAGAUCUUUCAGCUACAAUGUGUUUGCACUGAGAUCUUGAUAAUGGUGAUAUAGAUGUAAUAUGGUGCCCACAGUAAGAAGAUGUUUUCUGAUAACCAUGUUACUAAUUUAUUUUAUAACACAAAAAUCAUAUGACAGUGCAUAAUAUUUGACUUCUGGCCACUUUUUCUGUGCGAGUUGUCUUCCAUUGACAGAACAGGCUAAUCCAUUGGGAUUCACUGUUGUACAGUGUGUAACUGCAUAAUAUCAAAACUCAUUCAUUGUAUCUGUGAAAAGCUAUUUUAACCAAUAAAUAUUUUUUCUGUCUUAA